UCCAGAUGGGUCAGCAUUAGAUUCCAUCCACCAGAGUUCAUAUUAGCAAUUAUUGAUAUCAGAUAAUUUAGGUGAGGAAGACAUGUUGGGGUUUAAGAUGGCGGCGGUUCUCUCCGAAGAAUCGCACUUGAAAGAUACUGACGAAAUACAAGAGAAUGGAGAUGACGAAGUUGAAGACAUACAAGAAGCUGGCGGAGAUUCUGUGAGCAAAAAGAGAAAGAAGAAGAAGAAAAAGAAGAAGGGAGGUGGUGAACAAAAUGGUACAGAACAUACUAAUGGUGAAGCACUGAAUGGAGGGGCAGCAAAAGAAUCCUCAGCACCUGCUGCUGAACCAGAAGCAAAUGGAGAGCAGGAUAAUGCAGAUGGUGAAGAAUUACAAGAUGGAGAGACCAGCAACACAACUUCUACAAAGAAGAAGAAAAAGAAGAAGAAGAAGUCAGCAGGAGCAAAAACAACAGAAGGGGAAGACCAAAAUGGUACUUCCCCCUCUGCCAGGGAGCAGACUGAUCCUCCUACUGUGGCCAUAUCAGAACUUUUCCCAAAUGGCAACUUUCCUGUAGGACAAAUAAUGCAUUAUAAGGAUGACAAUCUGUGGCGUGAAACAAACGAAGAAAAGAGAGCCCUAGAUCGAGCACAAAAUGACAUAUACAGUGAUGUGCGACAAGCUGCAGAAGCUCACAGACAGGUCAGAAAGUAUGUGCAAGGCUUUAUCAAGCCAGGAAUGACCAUGAUUGAGAUUUGUGAAAAAUUGGAGGGAGCUUCUAGAAAACUCAUAAAUGAAAACAAACUCAAAGCAGGUUUGGCUUUUCCCACUGGAUGUUCCCUGAAUCACUGUGCAGCUCAUUACACUCCUAACGCUGGUGACAAGACAGUUCUACAGUAUGAUGAUGUCUGCAAAAUUGAUUUUGGAACUCACGUGAAUGGGAGAAUCAUAGAUUGUGCCUUCACUGUAUCAUUUAACCCCAAAUAUGACAACCUGCUUGCUGCAGUUAAAGAUGCCACAAAUACUGGAAUAAAGGAAGCUGGAAUUGAUGUGAGGCUUUGUGAUGUUGGUGAAGCCAUACAAGAAGUGAUGGAAUCUUACGAAGUUGAACUGAAUGGAAAAACUUACCGAGUGAGACCAAUAAGGAAUCUGAAUGGUCAUUCCAUAACACCGUACAGGAUCCAUGCUGGAAAAACAGUGCCAAUGGUUAAAGGUGGAGAAGCUACAAAAAUGGAGGAGAAUGAAUUCUUUGCUAUUGAAACAUUUGGCAGCACAGGGAAGGGUGUGGUUCAUGAUGACAUGGAUUGUUCACAUUACAUGAAGAACUUUGAGGUUGGACAUGUUCCUUUGAGGUUGCCCAGAGCUAAACAACUUCUGAAUGUCAUCAAUGAAAACUUUGGCACCCUGGCCUUCUGUAGGAGGUGGUUGGAUCGGCUGGGACAGACAAAGUAUCUUAUGGCUCUGAAGAGCCUGUGCAAUGCAGGAGUGGUUGAUCCCUGCCCACCCCAGUGUGACAUCAAGGGUUGUUACACCGCUCAGUUUGAGCACACAAUACUGUUGAGGCCAACAGUGAAAGAAGUGAUCAGCCGAGGAGAUGAUUACUAGGAGUUUUGUUUUAAACCCUUUCACUUUCAAGAUCUAAAUAUAACUUCUCAGCGCUGUUGGCUACACAUUCUUAGUAAGUAAGUAGUGAGGAUCUGGUUUUUAAUCAAGUAGUAUCUGCUUGUUGAUAAUUUUCUUUCUUCUCAUCACGACUGUUCUCAGAAGUGUAUUGCACUUGUAAGGAGAAUUUCUUUUUUGGUCACCACUGGGAGUGAAAGGGUUAAUCCUAUCUUAACUAACUUAAAUACUUAAAUUAAAGUAAGAAAACCAAAAUUAAUUUGCAACAUCCUGGGAAGCAAGCAGACCAUUUGGUCAGGAGAGGGGCUAGGAAUGUGCAUUGGGUCUAUUUAGCCUGUUCCAUGCAUUCAGCAAGAAAAAUGGUCAGAAAUAUUUAAUGGCACAAUGAUAAUGGUAAGGCAAAAAGGGAGAUUUGGGUUGGGUCAUAUUUAUUAUGUGCCUUUUCCAAACCUCUCGCUUUUUUUUUACGCCUCUGGUACUAUCACAUUUACUCUUGGACUUCAUUUUACUAACUCAGUCUUACUCAGUGAUGUCUGAAACUGGGACUGCAGCUAGGAUCAAUCAGAAACUAUAUAUAAUAAUAAUAAUAAUAA